CGGCGAUCUCCAGAUCGGUUUUUGAUCCAUUUAUUAUUAAAUUUUGAUAUGUAUAUAGAUUUCAGGAGGAAGCAAUCAUAACCAUGGGCGGUAGAUUCGGAGUCCUCUUCUUCCUCUUGGGGUUAUUAACCUGCUGGUCUUGUGACGCUACAACCCCGAUUCUUCUCCAACCCUUGGAAUCAGCUCACGGUGACAACCAAGUCUGUGAAUUGUGUGAAAAGUAUGUUACGCUUGCCAUUGAUUACCUUCAAGAUUACGACAACCAGAAUGCACUUGUUGAGGCCCUUCAUAUCAGCUGCUCUCAGAUUCCUCCUCUCAAAAAACAGUGUCUUUCGAUGGUAGAUCAUUACACCCAACUUUUCUUCACACAAGUCUCUACUAUCAAAUCAGACCAAAUCUGCAAAAAGCUUAACCUCUGUCAAGCUGUGACACCGGCCUUUGCUUCUGAAGUCCAUCAAGGAAACUGCGAGGCUUGCCGCCAGACUGUCUCCGAGGUUGUCACCAAACUCAAGGAUCCUCAGACUAAGCUGAAGAUAAUUCGGUUACUUCUCAAGGAAUGCAAGUCGCUUAACAAUUACCAGGACAAGUGCAAGAAGAUGGUAUUCGAGUACGGGCCUCUGAUGCUUACGGAUUUGGAGAAGUUUCUGGAGAAGAAAGACGUCUGCUCUAUCCUCCACGUCUGUCCAGGUCCAGCCACCCACCACAUUCCUGCCGUGGAGGCAUUGGCAGAUUCGUAAAUUCAGCAACCUGUUUUCGUGGUCAUUUGGUCACACACAUACAUACCAUGCCGUGGCAUAUCAUCGUCGUGCUAAUUUAAGUUGGUAACCAGUGGUCAUGUAAAUACUGAUGAUAUAUAAAAACAUAAAUACGUGAUGAUUGAUUCUUGUGUGAUUUGAAAAGAACGUUGUAUAAAGGCCCAUUGUCCAU